AUGCGCGCACCCGUCAGUGUCCCUCACAAAUCCGUCAUCCGUCCUCAAUCGCCACUCAGACUGUGACUCGUGAAUUGGCUUGUCUUCUUACCGCUCUCACUUUGCGCUGCGCUCGCUUCUCUUCAUGACAGCUCGCUGCGCCAAUUCGUUGCGCGAUUCUGCCGGCCCCUGAGUUCAUGUUUCAUGUUCUCGGCCAUGGUCCGUGGUGCGGGCGGUCAGUGUGGCUUGCCUCGUUGUGGGUCUGACGCGCCCAAAGACUGCAAACGGAUCAUCAUGAUGGCCGGCUUCGAGAGGAAAAAGAUGAUUGCACCCAUCGUCGAGCUCAUCGUGGCGCGGGCAGAGACCACCACAGAGCGUCAUGGGACGGGCGCGGGUGCCAUGGCCAGCCCGUCUCGGGGACAUGGAUAG